AUGUUGAGCUCAAAUGAACCAAACCAAAAAAGUCGACCUUGGUUACUAGGCUGGCUAUCAUACUUUAGCCAUCGCACAUCUCCAGACACACCACAGGUGUUUAUUAACCCUUCCUGUGCCAACGAAGACUGCACAAAGGACUUUAGAUCCUAUUCAAACCCUAUCCAAACAUCUCCUAUCCUCUCCACAAACUCAGUAGCAUCUAGUCCAACAUCAAAUGAAGAUUAUAUCCGACAACACAUCUUUAACAGCCACAACUACAACCACAACCAUAGCCAUAGCCAUAGCCACAACUACGGCUACAGCCACGGUCCCAACCAAAACCAAAAUCAAAGUCAACCCCACCAGCCUCGACAAAGCCUUACCUUGUCACUCACAUCAGAGCGUCGAAACUCACAGCAGACAAAUGCUUCGUCAGUCAUGUCAGAAGACCAAUUCUCAUCAGCAUCCUGCCACCAACGAGACUCCAAAGAAAGAUCACGCCUUGGAGAACUCUGGUCAAAAGCACGUCGCAAACAUCCUCACUAUCCACGCUUUCAUUGGCCACACCGUCUCCGCUCUUCACUCGCGUCUACCACAUCCCUGAGCCAUGAAGAUCCUCACGAAUGUUUACAACAACAGCAGCAACAACAGCAACAAAUGGACCAAUAUCAACAACAAUCUCCACAAUUCUUACAACAGCAACAACAGCAGUCAGACUCUGGUCGUCUAUACCUUUUACCAUCCAUUCAACAAUAUUCGAAGCGACAGUCGAUUGGAUCUCUUAUCUCGGGUGACCUCCCUCCUGUACCUUCACGUCCAUCAUCUGUAUUUUGCUCUCAACCAGCAUCACCAAACUUUGCUGCCCUGAUGAAAGACGGCUGUUUGUUUGAUUAUGAAGAUGACGAUAUCGAGCCUUGUUCCUUGGAACCACCAAGUAUUGACCGAUGGACAGUAAAGCAAGAACUAGUACAGCUUGCACUUGAUGGUGUAUUUUGUAGCCCGAUUGACGCACACACGGCUUCUUUGGAUAGACAUGUGUUACAAGUUGGAUGUGGUGAUGCUUCUUGGGCUAUCAAUGUAGCAUUAGAGUAUCCAAAGUCAAUAGUUGUAGCCAUGGAUGAUCGUGAGGGUGGACCACCUCCAAACAGACGGACUGUACCUCGGAAUUUCAAGUUUAUUCGGUGUUAUCACACUCUUCUGGAUGGACUGAGAAGCAUGCCGGAUCAUGCAUUUGAUUUGGUUCACGUUCGAUUCCUACUGCUGUCCUACACUGGGGCUGAAUACCAGGCACUGAUCAAUGAGUGUUGGCGGGUCUGCAAACCUCAGGGAUUUGUUGAGAUUAUCGAGAUGGAUAUGAGAAUGUAUUUUGGAACGAUUCGUGUAGACACUUCUGCAAGUCAACGGCUCAACUCAGAAGUGAUUCAUGUGAUCGAAUCUAGAUCUCUUGAUCCUCGUUUGGCUAGACGACUACAAGAUUUCUUCCAUGAUCUCAAACAACUCGGCCAGAGCACUUCUGCAUACACUUCCCUGCCACUGGGAGUCUGGGGAGGAAGGCUAGGUGUGAUGUUUAGAGAAGACGUGGAGACUCUGUUCAAUAUCUUCCAGCCAAGUGUAGCUGAUCUCAAUGAUACAACCGAGCGUUCUGAGCAAGAUAUGGAUCAUCAAUUUGAAAAGGUCAACCGUGAGAUGGAGCAGAGCAGAGCAUUUAUGAAUCUUCAUUAUGCUUAUGCUCAAAAGCUUUAA